GCUACUAGCAUUAUAUAUACGCACAAGUGAUGCUCUCGAAGUCUGGACAUCACUUGCCAGACAAUGUAUACACUGGUAGCUAGAUUAUAUUGCGUGUAAAAUUGGCCGGAAUGGGAACAACGGUGGAGGAUGUGGUGAUAGUGGGAGGAGGCAUAGCAGGGCUAGCGACGGCGGUGGCGCUGAAGAGAGCUGGAAUAGAAGCAUUGGUGUUGGAGAGAUCGGAAGGGCUUCGAGCCACCGGUGCAGCUUUGACUCUAUUCCCAAACGCCUGGUUUGCUCUUGAUGCCUUGGGGGUUUCUCAGAAGCUUGCUUCGUAUGCCCACUCUCGCAAGCUUUAUAUAACUGAUCUUGACACUGGAGAAGUUCAAGAAGUCCCUUUCAUCAAACCCAAUGGUGAUGCAGUUGGACCCAGAUCAGUACACAGGAAAGCCUUGCUUGAGGCUUUGGCAGAUGAAUUACCGGUUCAUUCAAUCCGUUUCUCUUCCAAGAUCUCUGCUAUCGACACCCAACAACAUGAAGGUUCAUCCAUUGCCAUUGUUCACAUGGAAAAUGGAACUGUCAUUAAAGCAAAGGUUCUCAUUGGGUGUGAUGGGGUUCACUCAGUGGUGUCACGCUGGUUAGGUCUCCGUGAUCCAGUUCUUUCAGGUCGAUCAGCUGUUCGCGGAUUGGCUGUGUAUCCUCAGGGCCAUGGACUCGAGCACAAUGUGCGACAGUACGUAGGAACAGGCAAAAGAGCUGGUAUUGUUCCCCUCACCGACAAAGAGAUCUACUGGUUCAUCAGUUACACAUCUCCGGCUAAAGAGACCUCCUUGGAAGAUUUUCCGGAAGAUAUUCAAAAAGAAGUACUAGAGAAUUAUGGCAAGGACAUCCCAACUAUAUUCUCCGAUGUUGUGAAGCAGUCAGAUCUUUCAACAUUAACACGGGCUCCACUGAAGUAUAGGUAUCCCUUGAACGUAGUAUUUGGAACCUUAAGCAAGCAAAACAUUACGGUAGCCGGUGAUGCCAUGCACCCCAUGACACCUGAUCUAGCUCAGGGUGGUUGCUCGUCAUUAGAAGAUGCAGUGAUCUUAGGCAGGCAUAUUGGGAGAUACUUUGUGCAGAACGGACAAGUACUUGUGGCGAAAGAGAUUAGUGAAGUGCUGGGCAAAUAUGUGGAAGAAAGAAGGUGGCGCGUCGCUUUGUUGAUCACGGGGUCUUAUAUAUCAGGAUGGGUGCAGCAGGCGGGCUCUGGAUGGGGUGGGAAAUUCUUGAGAGAUGUCAUAUUUUACAAGUUCCUUUACCUUAAGAUGGUUAGAUACGUAAAUUAUGACUGUGGAAAACUGGAGUUCUAGUACCAUUUCCAUUCAUAUUUCCCUUCAUUUUUACUUGAAGGAGGAAUGGAAUUGUUUGUAAACCAUGCAGCACUGUAGCAUUCAUUCUAAUCCGUAAAAUAGACAAGGUCUUUUUUUUU